UGGUUUAAUGUAUCUAGUUUAUAUGUGAAUGUAUGAGUAAGUGUUUGGAAUGAAGAAACGUAGGUGAAAAGUAUGAAGCUUGUAACAAAGGCUAGGAAGCUUCGAUGCAUUGGCUACUGUUCUUCCUUUUCCACUUCCUCUCAAUAUUCUCACUCUCAAUUUCGUUAUGAUAAACGGAACAGUCUGAACCCAAUCAGCGAGGGUAACAAUUUUGAAGAAGCCAUUGAUGUUUUGUGUCACCAAAAGCGCGUCAAGGAAGCCGUUGAGUUGCUCCAUCGCACUCAUCAUCGGCCCUCUGCGCGCGCGUACUCCACGCUCAUUGCCGCUUGCAUUCGCCAUCGCGCUCUUGAACUGGGUCGGAGGGUGCAUGCCCACACCAAAGCUUCAAACUUUGUCCCCGGGACUUUCAUUUCCAACCGUUUGCUCGAUUUGUAUUCCAAAUGUGGGAGCAUUGCGGAUGCCCAGAUGCUGUUUGAUGAAAUGGGUCAUAGGGAUUUGUGUUCUUGGAAUACCAUGAUUGCUGCCUAUGCUAAACUUGGCCAGCUUGAGCAGGCAAGGAAACUGUUCGAUGAAAUGCCCCACAGAGAUAACUUUUCUUGGAACGCUGCGAUAUCUGGCUACGUCAGCCAUGAUCGGCCUCGGGAAGCUCUAGAAUUGUUUAGAGUAAUGCAGAAGCGUGAGAGGUCGAAUUCAAAUAAGUUUACCUUGUCUAGCGCCUUGGCUGCUUCUGCUGCCAUUCCUUGCUUGCGUCUUGGGAAGGAAAUUCAUGGUUACUUGAUAAGAACCGAGUUGAAUUUGGAUCAAGUGGUUUGGAGUGCUCUUUUGGAUUUGUAUGGCAAGUGUGGGAGUUUAGAUGAAGCUAGGGGUAUUUUUGACCAGAUGGUGGACAGAGAUGUUGUUUCAUGGACUACCAUGAUUCAUAGAUGCUUUGAAGAUGGAAGAAGAGAAGAGGGGUAUUCAUUGUUCAGAGACUUGAUGCAGUCAGGUGUUAGACCAAAUGAGUAUACGUUUGCUGGAGUUUUAAAUGCAUGUGCUGACCAUGCUGCUGAACACCUGGGAAAGGAGGUGCAUGGGUAUAUGAUGCGCGUAGGGUAUGACCCAUGUUCAUUUGCUAUAAGUGCCCUUGUUCACAUGUACUCAAAGUGUGGGAACACAAAAGUUGCAAGAAGAGUGUUCAACCAGAUGCCUCAGCCAGAUUUGGUAUCAUGGACUUCUCUAAUUGUUGGGUAUGCUCAAAAUGGUCAACCAGAUGAGGCUCUUCAUUUCUUUGAAUUACUUCUACAAUCAGGUACUGAGCCUGAUCAAAUAACCUUUGUUGGGGUUCUUUCGGCGUGUACUCAUGCUGGGUUAGUGGAUAAAGGGUUAGAAUAUUUCCAUUCAAUAAAGGAGAAGCAUGGGUUGAUGCAUACUGCAGAUCAUUAUGCAUGUGUUAUUGAUUUAUUGGCACGAUCUGGCCGAUUCAAAGAGGCGGAGAACAUCAUUGAUAACAUGCCCAUAAAGCCUGAUAAAUUCCUUUGGGCCUCCUUACUUGGGGGAUGUAGAAUACAUGGGAACCUUGAACUGGCUAAAAGAGCAGCAAAAGCAUUAUAUGUUAUAGAACCAGUAAAUCCAGCCACCUAUAUCACUCUGGCUAAUAUUUAUGCUAAUGCUGGUCGGUGGACCGAGGUAGCCAAAGUUAGAAAGGAUAUGGACAAUAGGGGGAUAGUGAAGAAGCCAGGUAAGAGCUGGAUUGAAAUUAAAAGACAAGUGCAUGUGUUCUUAGUAGGAGAUACAUCCCACCCGAAAACAAGUGAUAUACAUGAAUUCCUAGGAGAACUCUCAAUGAAAAUGAAGGAAGAAGGCUAUGUUCCUGACACAAACUUUGUGCUACAUGAUGUGGAGGAGGAGCAGAAAGAGCAAAAUCUUGUUUACCACAGUGAGAAGCUUGCUGUUGCCUUCGGAAUCAUUUCAACUCCUCCAGGAACUCCAAUCAAGGUUUUUAAAAAUUUAAGAACUUGUGUAGACUGUCACACUGCCAUCAAAUACAUAUCAAAGAUUGUUCAAAGAAAAAUAAUUGUGAGAGAUUCAAAUAGGUUUCAUUGUUUUGAGGAUGGAAGCUGCUCAUGUAAAGACUAUUGGUAAUACUCCACAUCAAUAGACACGCCAAACAUUGACUGAAUUGCUGUCCUUGAUCCUUGAUUCUGACAGAAUACACAGCCUUUAACAGUAGUGGCAUUGAUUAAAUUUUUUUUCCCUCCUUUUCUAUCAUUUAAAUGGUGUGUUGCUUUCAAGCGAAAUUGAUAGAUAUCCCACUGCUACCGGAUAUGAAAUGUUCAAUAAAGAUCGAGAUCUUCAUUAGGCAGGAACGGCCAUCGAGAGAUCUAUAAAACUGUACUGAUCACUACCCGCAUGCAUUGGCAUCGUUGGCUUUAUUUGGUAGUUCUGAGUUAUUGAGGCAAGUGGAGACUUAAAGCAAGGUCAAAUAUGUGUGGCAAUUUUCCAGACAAUAGUGUAUCUUUUUUUCUAUUCUCUUCAUUUUUUUUAUUCUAAUUGGUGCAGUUGGUGAGCAUUAUGCUGUCAUGUGUGGUUUGCCCUUCUUCUUAGCUGGGAACUGUGGAUUGGAGCUGUAAGACUCGUGUUUACCUUUACUUAACAUUAUAGUGAAUUGAGUCAUAUUGCACGUGCACCCUUAGAUCACGUCUUUUCUUUUAUUUAUCCCUACAUGCACCCAUUUUGUACCAUGUGUAGAUGGAUCAAAGCUUACACAUUAGAUGCGUGACCCAAUUAUCUAUUUCCCGAAUGAGUUUUGUGUUAAGCAUUGUAAUAGCAGUACAUCGUCAGGUCUCCCUUUAUCCAAAAAGCUUUUCUUGGAAAGUGCCUCAAAAGACAACCUCCUCUGAAGCACUUGUUCAAAAUGAGGAUUCAAAUAAUUUGAAGGACAAUCCAUGACUGAGAUGGAGGUAAAUUUUACUUUGUACUGACACCUGCUAAUGUCUGCAGUGAUGGUUCGGCUUCAGUUUUAAGUUCAAAGUUGGACAUUCAAUGUUGAAGAUCAUGGAUAGUUUCACUAUACAGAGUUGGUUUGACUUAAAAACAAAACAGCAUCAACGGUAGCUAGAUUCGUGGAUUUUGGUAUCACAGUCUUAACAAUAGAGAACUUAAAAUGAUUUUAACCCCGCAUUUUGCAGUAGGGGAUAUCAAUUAUAGACUGACUAGAGACAAAAGAUGUUUAUAAAUUGAAAUAUGUACAAUGCAUUUGCUCAAGCAAAGUUGACAUUUGUUCUGUUUUUCGAAAAUGUGUAGCGGAGAGAUAUUUGUUUGUGGUAAUUUCUAGGACCUAUCACUUAAUACUGUAAUUGGCAAUUUAUUUUACUAACAUCGUAGAGAGGUUGAAUCCCAAGCUCAUGUUGUAUGCACUACGUGUUUUUUACGGCAGGAAAAUGCUAAUUAACUAGGGAAAAGACAUUGAUUAGUUAAA